AUGUCUGGUGAGGAGACUAUCCUGGCAAGGCGAGCUCGUCUUUCUCAGGUUCCACGAGCGUGUGAAGCAUGCAAAGUCAGAAAGAUCCGAUGUGACAGAUCUCAUCCCUGUGGCAAUUGCAAGGCUGCUGGUAUAGCUUGCCAACAAGCCCAUUCUAUACAGCAGUCAGAACAACGACCCAGACAAGACAAUAGGAUAUCACAUCUAGAAGAAUAUGUGGCGUCUCUAGAAGCUCGAUUGGCCAAGGUCGAAAUUCGAUUAGACAAACAGCCUGCACAGUCGUCAACAUCAACACCUGCGUCCACGAAUCCUCCCACUUCCACGCCUGCGGUUUCAAAACACGAUGCAUCCGUCUCUCCAGCCGUCUCUUCUGAACCAAGUGUCUACGAUGUCGCCCAAACUCCAGUUGCCAACUUGUACGAGGGAAGCUCAUCGUUUAUAUCCCAAUUUCAGCAGGCUAGUGAAGAGGUCAAACAGUCAGCAGCUGCAAAAACACCUGAGGGACAGCAGAGUAUCAGCGAGUCUUUCAACCAGCUAAACUCGAUACUUCAUGAUGCAAGUAGCAGAAGGCCACCUUCCCAUAUUUCAAUACGGUCUAUACCGGAUAUCGCACCUUUGCCAGCUUCGAUUGUUCUCAAGAUUAUACGUAUAAUAAAAGCCAGCCCAACUCGCUUCUUUCCUGGCCAAGCAAUGACCGAUACAAAGUUGAUUGAACACCUAUGUCAAAAAGUCUAUUUUCCCACUGAGCCAGUGACUCUUGGUCAUAUUACAAGCGUCAAUGGAAUUAUGCGCCUUCUACUUCGUGAGCUGAUCAUCACCGAAGACCCUUUGGGCAAAGAGCAUGACUUGGAAGCAUUGAAAGCACAGGCCGAAAGGAACUUUCACCUGGGUCUCGAGACCUUUGAGACUUUGACGGUGCCUAGUUUUGAAAACGUCAUUGCUAUAACGACUGCUGUUCUCAAAAUACAGAAUGAAAGUAAACCAGUUCUCGCUCGUACUCUUGUCAACGCAGGACUCAGCCAUUGCCAGAUGUUGGGCUACCAUCGAGAGAUUACCUAUCAGAAAGAUCAAAGCGGCUUUUCUGAAAAUAAACGGCGUCUCUUCUGGACUCUAUAUGUCUGUGACAAGACCAACUCUAUCCAUUUCGGUAACGCCUCGAGGAUGCAAGACUUCGAGGUCGAUGCGCAAUACCCAGCUAUCCCAGCAGAUAUAGCUGAAAAGCCAUGGAUUGAAUUGUUUAACCUCGUCAUCAGACUUGCCAAGAUUCAAGGGCUGAUCUUUGACAAGUUGUACUCUGUGGCUGCGUUGCAAGCACCAGCCAUGGAACGUCGACAAUGGAUCGAUACUCUUGUUUCAGACGCUCAUCAAUGGAGAUACGACCUUGAUCAACUCGAUGGCAGUCAGGUUCGCUUUAUAAAGCUUCUUGAUCUAUCAUUAGCCCAUUGGAAUAUCAUGUAUUACUCAACUCUCACUACUCUCCUCAGAGCACCAGCUAUGCCUGGUGUCAGUACCGAUAUGACUUCUCAAUGUUUCCAGGCCGCUAGGCUCGCUUUAGAAAGCCAUCUUCGAGCGUUUUCCGGCUACGACGGAGUUAAAUUGUUUACAAAGGCAGACUAUAUCGAUUGGGCUCUUCACAAUUCAUCAUUUACUCCAUUUGUGGUGAUCUUCCUCCACUCUAUCGCAGCGUCUAGUCUUGAAGACGUCAAUCUUCUCGAACAAGUUGUAGAUACCUUCCGGCAUGCCAGGGAAAUUCAUGCCGGGGCCGAAAAGUUGUAUCAGAUUUGUGCCUCCUUUUCUAGGUUGGCUCGACGUAUGGUGGAGUCACGGAACACGUCCGUGGGCAUGUACGAUCAAAACGCCGACACGCUCCAAGUAGCUGGUGUGUCUGAAAAUGUGCCACUUAUUUGGCCUGAGGCGUUUGCGCAGCCAACUGGACAGGGACAGCAGGCUACAGCUGAUGCUAAUGCUGAUGCCUUCUUGAACGAUGACAUGACGUCGAUCUUGGCGGAUUGGAUUAAUGGCCAGCCCCCUGCUACAGAAAUGUUUGCCAUGGACUUUGGGGAGUAA